UCACAAAUAAAUUUUACAGCGCUGGGAAAGAAAAUCAACGGUCAGACAGGACAUCACCGAAAUGCGACAGAAAAUGUAAAAGGAAAUAGUAUGCCCUUUUUAUAAUCGAUUUUAGUUGCAUGUCAUACCGUAAAGAAGGUAGCCGCCAUCAUCCCCCAUGUCGCCGUGCAAAUUGUAAACAAACAAGUUGUGUUGCAGCCCUUGUGUUGGUGGUGCAAUAUUUACGAACCGGGCCCCGGAAGCCUAUGUGUUGAGGUCUUCCUUUUCGUUUUAAGUCUCAAUUAACAUCGGGCUCGCCAUGUCUCUGAGGGCACAAGCUCUUAGUAUGCUAGAUACAGUGCUGAGGGUCCCUCCUCUUUUCAUCAUGGACGAAGUCCUUAAGAGCUGCUUCGGGUUGUCACGCGUCAUGAGGACCAGUGACUAUUCAGACUUCCUACGUGACGAGAAUCCAUUCAUGAAUGCUGAGGGCUUUGGCCAGCUUGGAGGCGAAGAGAAGAUUUUCCCAGUAGAAAAUGAAACUAUUUGGAAUAUGGAUGAAUACUCUUUUAUCACUUCCAUUACACCUGCUGUUGCCAGAAUAGUGAUGUUUGUAUUUGUUUAUAUGACAGCAACAGUUGCCUUUCUACUUAGUUCUCAACGAUUGAUAAAGGUUUAUUUUGUUAUUGUAAGCUUUGCUGUAAUAGUGAUUGGAUACCAGGCAAAUGUGGCCACUAUCAGGUACCUGACGUCUGGUCCAGAAUCUGGUUUUCCUUCUCUAAUGCUCAACAUUUUGUCUCUCAAUACCACAGCUCUUUUUGAUAGUGGGGGUACCAUAAUCACUCUUGGGGCAAAUUACAUCUUUCAGGGGUCUUUAGGUUAUCUCUUCACUUUGGUUUAUUCAGGGCCCAAUUACCCUCUAUUGCAGAAACUUCUCAUAGUAUCUUUUAUACUUCCAUCUGCCCUUUCAUUUUUUUGCGUUCCAAAUUGGAUCUUGGUCAGCAUCCCUUUACUCUCUGCUUUGCUUCCUUUGGCUGUGUUGAAGUACACAGUCUUUUCUAAUUUGCUGAAGUGUAUCCAUGUUGUUUUAGAGGGUUACCAUUAUGCUCGAAGAGUAAUGAGAGACUUUGGACUCCAUUCACUCUUGGAAUCUGAAUGGGUUAGAUUAAACAUCCCAAAUGUUUUGAGAACGUUUUGGAUGCUUCGGAUGGCAAUGCAUUUAGCAACCCUUCUUGGAGAAUUCAUGUAUGUAAGAGGAGAAUACCAGUCAUUGUUUUCAUUGACAAUGGCAGACUUCUAUGUCAUUUUCAAGGCUAUAAUGACACAAGGAUGUGAGACAGCAGUAGCCCUUUUAGGGAUGACAAGUAUUGUCUCUUACAUCUGUCACUAUGUGGGUGUCGUGUUUCAGAUGAUUCUCCUGACAGUGGAAGAUGAUGAGAGGAGCAUGGGGACUGUGUGUGCGAUUUUGUUCUUCAUCCUGGCUGAGCAGAGUGGGCUCACGGUUAUGGGUGGAGAGAAGAGAUUUGUUCGCCUUUGCAGGAACUUUUGUCUUCUCUUCACUGCUAUGUUACACUUCAUACAUAACAUGGUUAAUCCUGUUCUAAUGUCACUUAGUGCAAGCCGCAAUCCAGCUCUUUAUCGUCACAUAAGAGCUCUUGUUGUGUGCUCUAUUUUGGUGUUUUUACCAGUGAUGCUUUUGUUUGUUCUUUGGUCACUGUAUCCGUUAUCUACGUGGCUACUGGCUGUAUCUGCAUUUUCAGUACAAGUUGUAGUAAAGACUUUGGUCUCUCUUCUUAUAUAUGGAUUAUUCCUUGUUGAUGCCUAUUGUAGCACAUUUUGGGAAAGGUUGGAUGAUUAUGUUUAUUAUAUCAGAGCUUUUGGAAAUAGUGUAGAGUUCAUUUUUGGUAUUCUCUUAUUUUUCAAUGGUGCAUGGAUUUACAUCUUUGAGUCAGGGGGCUCAAUAAGAGCAUUCAUGAUGUGUAUCCAUGCAUAUUUCAACAUCUGGUGUGAAGCAAGGAAUGGUUGGACUGUCUUCAUGAAACGCAGAACAGCAGUGAAUAAAAUCAACUCCUUACCAGAGGCAACCCAAGAGCAACUCGUGAAACAUGAUGACGUGUGUGCAAUAUGUUUCCAAGGAUUGCAUAGUGCAAAGAUUACAAAAUGUAAUCAUUACUUUCAUAGCGUCUGUUUGCGAAAGUGGCUGUACAUCCAAGACUCUUGUCCACUUUGUCAUGAAACGCUAUACAACACAGACACAUCGCGUACAGACAAUGCCAAUGCCAGCAGGAGAGAGAAUGAGGGAGGGGAACAGAAUCAUGCGAAUGCAGGAGAUGAGGCAAAUGCAGAUGUGCCAGUCUGGGAUGGACAAGACAUUGAUGUUAUCUUAGGUGAAAAUAUGAAUGGUAGCAACAGAGAGCUAGUUCGAGAUAAUGAGGUUGGAGAAGCCUUAAUUGUUCAGGCUCCGGACAGACCUCAUGAGGACAUCCCUCCAGCUGCAGAGCCAUCUGUUGGAGAUGACGGAGAAAUAGAUCAACACUUGCCGCAGAGGGUUGUCGAGGAGAACCCACAACUCGAAAAUAACCAAAGAUUUAUUUUGAGGUCGAGGCGACCCCCUAUAAUUGACCAAGAUAUAGGUCAAUAAUACUGUAUUAUUGUACGUUAAAAAAUUUUAAAUGUGAUUUUUAGAUUUAUUUUAGGAUAUUUAUGUUUUAAAAUGGGUAUCUGGUUGCCUGAGUUGCAAAUGAAAUGUAUAUAAGUAUAUUAAAGCAUUUUGGAAAUAUUUUGUAUAGCUUAUUAUGAUAGCAGAUAAGGAAAGCUGUGUAAUCCCAGUGUUGAAAGUAGACAUUUCUUCUAUUUGAAUUGGCAUUUUGAUAUUCUGUGUUGUACUGUACUUGAUGCACUUGCUGUAAAUAGCACAUAUGCAGCAAAUUACAGUAUCAACAUGCAUUGAGUAUUCUUUUGAUUUAAGGACACUGAAACUUCAAAUACAUAGAACAGAGAAAAACACAAGAGGUAUGAUAAUUAUAUUUAUGAGACCGAUUGCAUGAACAUUAAAUUUUUACAUACUGAGUCAAUACAGUAUCAUUGUAAUUUAUACAUAACACCAGAAUGAGAAUAGGCAGCAUAAUUGUAAGUGCAGCGCAAAAUGAUUGUUUACAAAUAACUGGCAGCAAUUCACUACCUAGUUUUCAUAUGUAUAGCAUUAGACUUGGUUUAGUGUCUUCUGGUCUGGUUUUUUAUUCUUUUUCUUUUGUUUUACUUUGAAUAAGAUGAAAGGUAAAUGAAUGAUUAAUUCUUAUGCCUAAACCUUCACUUCCUUGCAGAUACUACUAGCCAAAUUUAUCAACCUUUUACUGUUCUUAGCUUUUAGUUAUGAGCAAUAAAUUAUUUAUGUAUUUUAUCAAGGAGAAAUUUAAAAAAUUAUUCUGUGAUAUUUUCGUUGAAAAAGGGAAGAAGUCGUGAAUUGGUUUCUGUUCCUGCAGGAAUACAAACCAUUGUCUUUUAUGUAGGAGCAUCUCUUAGUGCAUGCUCACUUGAAUGUACUCAUUUAUAAAAGACUGGUUUUUAUUCCUAGGUAAAAUACAAAUUGUUAUUCAGAACUUUUUUUAUUUGUUCCAGGUGAAUGCAAAUCAUUACUCUUUAUUUAGGAAAUAUCUUUCAGCAUGAGCUCAGGCUUCAAAAUGUUUUAUGUCUGUGUAAUGUAGUACUUCUAGACAGUUUUACCGUGUAGACUGCAGUGUACUAUAUAUAUACUUUUGUAACUGUAAGAACAUCUGUCUAAAAGAAAGACUUAUUCAUUUUUUUUAUAUCAGUCAUGAUUACAUUAUUUAAGUCAUCUUUAAGAUAUAUCUUAUUUAAAAUUCCUUAUACUGGACCCCCUUGAGUUGGUUACAGUGAAAUUAUGAAGCAUUAUAAGAUCAUUAUAUACAGUAUGUUCACACAGAUGUCAGCAUUGGUAUUUUUUUUUAUUUUGAAUAUUAUAGUGAAUAUUUCACAUAUUACUGAGGCCAUCAAAGCAUACUCUGUGUUCUUGGGGGCAGUAGCAUUUUUUAUAUACAGUAAUGUACCUAUAUACUAUAUGUACACAAUUUUUUAGUAACACGGACUAUUUUUUAUUAAGAUUUUGUCCCUGUGUGAAUAAAUUCUGCUUUCUUUCCUUAUUGUAAAAUUAGAGUUUGUAUUUCUCUGCUAUAAAAUUAUUUCACUGUUGGAUUUGAGCUGUAGAAAGAGAAUGGUGCAAGGAUGAUUUAAAUUAUUUUCCUUUUUCAUUAGUAUGUCAUUCCAUUUUGACCCCUUUCCUAGUCAUUUGUUUACUAUUGAUUCAAGAAAUGUUUUAAGGUCUGCUAUUAUUGUUAUUAUUACAGACAGGUACAGAGUUUAGGUUCUAUAGAAAAUAAUUUUUUGAUAACAUUGAUUUUGUUUUAUAUUCUGUGAUUUAAUUUUUAUUGAUGGAAUAUAUUUUUUUUUCAAUACCUGGAUGAAUGUAAUGAGUUUGUCAGAGAUUUUGAAAAUGAGUGUACUGCAACUGAAGCAGUGUGUACGUAGGUUGUAGGCAGUGAACCAAAUGAAAAAUAUAUUGGAAAGUAAACCAGAGAGAUAUUUUUAUUUAAUGUAGUAAUUUAAGCUCUGAUAUGCAAGCAGUGGUUACAUUGAAGUAUUUGAACAUUAAGAGUACUGUCGCACUGCAAGCAGUGAAAAAGCAUCUACAGUGGUCCUCCCGUAUGCGCGUGGGAUGCGUACCAGACCCUCCCCCACGAAUAGAUGGAACCCCUGUAAAAACGCUGAAAAUAGCCUAUUUUGUUAGUUAGAACUCAAGAAAAACCCACAAAAAAUUUGUAUGUCUGGUUUUUUAAUAGUUUUAUCACAAACAGUGCAUUUUAUAAUGAAAUUGAUUAAAAAAACAGGAAUUUGUGGAUAUUUCUCAUGUAAAAAUACUCAUAUAAAAAUACAGCAAAUAGGCGGAUUUCCCGCAAAUAAUGGGUAGAUAUGGUCCAGAGAUAAAUCAGUGAAUGCGCGAGUCUGCGAAUCUGGAGAACUUGACUACGUGACCCCCACUGUAUAGUCAAACCAAAAUGACUGUGAACAUGUAGUAUGUUUUAGACAUUGCCACUUAUACCAGAUUUUAUUUGUAAAUACCUUGGCCUAAGUUGGGAUAUCAUGCAGAAGUGGCAGACAUGUUGCCACAUCUUCCUUAUACCGGGUCAGAAAUGGUAAACAGCUUGACACUACUGGUCUGUGCAUCUAAUUGUGAAGAUGUAAAAUGAAUAAAAGAACUGAAAUUUAAUGACAAGUAUAGGAUGAUUUACAGUAAGAAAAUUACAGUUAAUGAAAAGAAUUUAGAUUGUACAAUGAACUGCUUUGAUCAAAGGGUAGGAAAAGAUGAUUUAGUUUCUAAUCAUCUAUAUGAAUUAUGUAGGUAAACCUCCAAAAUAUAGCCAAGACUUGCUAAUAAAAUUGAUUGAUACAAUUAGAUUAUAAAUAAAAUAGUGUUAUAAAUUUCUCAGCCGAUGAUUGAUUGUAAAUUAAGUCGGCCUUGUCCUGGAACAGUCUUUCUUCUGGACAACCUGUGGGUGGGAUAAGUAGGAUUUUAUGACCAGCUUAAAGAACCUAGAAUUGAGAGGUGCAGAUUAACCGUAGUCGGGUUAUAAGUCAGGAAUAAGUUUGGCAACAUAGUUAAUGACAGCUGCAGAAGACACAUGACACAUUAAUUGAAGCUGAUCAUUGUUGUAGACUUUUCAUCAUCAAAUUUGUUAGCUGUUUUUUUUUAAGUACUUCCAUCAAAUUAGAUGACAUAUAUACAAGAGAAAAGUGGAACUGAAUGAAUUUUAUAAUUGUAUAAACAAUCUCGAAUACACGAUAACAAAUCUUAUGAAUAUUUAAGAAUGAGUCAAAGAUCACUCGGUUUAUUUCGCAGCAGACUUGAAGAGAGGCUGAAUAAACCUGUAACAAACUAAUAGGACCCAUUACUCCUGAAGGUGAGAGAUGCAUAUUUCUGGUGAUAGAAGUUCACUCUCGACGUAGUUCAGAAGUCACGUAAAGCCGCUGGUCCCGUUGCUGAAUAACCGCUGGUUCCAUGCAACGUCUAAACACCAUACAAACAAACAAACAAACAAACAUUACUCCUGAAGGAAUACACUUGGAGCACCACAGUUUUUUCAGACAUAGUGCAUCAUGUGCAGCAAGGAUUAGCAAGGCGAAAAAUUACCCUGGUCUGCUAGUGUGGCCAUCUAGUAAGAAUUGUUACAUUUCAUUAUUAGCAGCGAGUGGUGCCACUUGCAGUGUGGCCGUACCCUAAAUGUUCUGGUAAAUUAUUUAAAAAUAAGUUCUUUGGACAAUUUCAAAUGCAUUAGUACUAAUGCAUUCUCUAGAUUAUGUAGUACAUGAGUGUUUCCAGUGAACCAACACAGCUACUUAAGAAACAAACGGCAAAACAAGGGACAUGUUGGAAAUCAUACAUCAAAUAAUUCAUUCACAUGUAGUGAAUUAUGUCAAAGCAUGAGAGCUCUUAAUGAUAAAAAUGAUACCUCUUCUCUAUGAUACAAAGUUUAUCUCUUGUAUUCAAGCCAGCAUUUUGUAAAACUGUGUAGAUUUUUUAUGUUUUACUUGUAUGAAAAAUAUGUUGUGUACAUUAUGUACAUGGCAAUCUUCCUAUAUGUGAGGGAUACUGUAUUUUGAUAUAUUGCAAUUUGUGGGGGUUCUUUCAAACAGUUUUAAAGUUCAUUGUACUCCAAGAUGCACAAGGCAAAUCAGUCCAGGUAAAUUGAUGUGUCAAACCACCUUUUAUUCUUAUGUUAUCUUGGUAAUUUUUUGUAUGUAAGCAAAUGCAGUAAGAGUACUACUUCUCUUGCUAGAAAAUACUGUUGAUUUCACAAGUAUGUAUAUACUGUUAGGUGAGAUUUAAAGGUUAACCUGUUAAAACAUACAAUGUUUCUAAGUACAAACCAUCAUUUUACAUAAUCCUUAAUAGUUGUCAAUGGUUUCUGUCAGGUCAGUCAUCAUAUACUGAUGAUUUACACAGAGACUGUUGCCUCAAAUUUGUAAACUUCCUUCUCUUUGUUUCUGUUGUUUUGAUGUUGUUGUUUUUAUUAUUUUUGUUUUGUCUUCAUGCAUUCCACUGAGAUUUUCCAAGUUUUCAUCUUGUCUUUGUAAUAUGUUUGGCACUUUUUGUAAAACAAUAAUGAGUUUUAUUGGUUAUGUCUCAGCUUAUGGGAACUAUCCAGCUGUCAUGUCUAGAUGAUUAAGGUCGCAUGGUCAGAAAAGAGACUGUUCUUUCUUAGCAUGUUCUUUCUUAGCAACCUAAAACCAUCAGGGUAUGAUACUGUAAUACAUGAACUUGGUGAUUGGGUUGAUGAUGAUGCUGAUAUAUUUGCAGUUGAGUUAGGCCUUUAAUUGUUGAUGUGUUUGAAAAUUAAUAUUGGUUACCUCAGCAGUCAAGAGAAUUCACAACACCCCCCCCCCCCCCCCCUCCCAGUAAGUAGAUAGUGUACAUAAGUAAAUCAAACAGGGUGACCAGCAUAUGUGGAAGCUGUGCUGUUUCUCUUAUUUUUGUUUCUUUUAUCAUUUACAAGGUUCUGUUGGGAAUUGGUUUUAUGUCUUCAUAUUAUUGAGUACAUUUUUCUGCUUUUGUGGACCUCAAUCUUAUGCUUAUGUUCUUAUGAAGCUUUUCAGCAGCAUUAGCAGUGGGUAUUAGCUCAUCUCUUGAUUUUAAUGUUUAUCUAGUGUUGCUCUGAUUCUAAUAUGUGAGUACAAUAUUAAGACUUAGGACAUGUUAGAAUUUUCUUGUUUAGCCCUUUUCUCUGUGUGUUCAUCAGAGAUUUUUUCAGUUGUUAAUCUCGUCUUGCUCUUUCUUCCCAUUGUUAAUGUUCAGUGCUCAUAUGUAUAUAAAUGUUUUUCUCAAAGGUAUAAUGGAGCUGGAGGCAAUAUUUGUUUACAGUGAUUCUUUUAAUUACAAUUAGUGUAUAGUAUUUAUAUUUGCAUAUUUCAUCUUCUUGUAUCUGCUAACUAAUUGUUUAUGCCUUUGAUGUUUAUAAGGAUUUAGCUAUAUUGUCUUUAUUAUUGACCAAUCUAUGGGAAGCCUAAGUAAUACCCUCUGAUACAACACCCUUUUUUUGUUUAUUAUUCUUUCAGCUAACUCUAGAAUUGCUCAGUAGUCUGUUAGCAUGGCUCUCCCAGAGAUUUGAGCAAUUUUAUUAUUUUUUAAGCUAUCUUUCUUCUUUCCAUAUGGGAAUUUUGUUCAGGGAAGAUGGUGGUCUGUUAUGAUAUAUGAGGACCAUGAAUUAGGGCUAAAGUAAAAGGUGGUUUUGUAGUAAAAAAAUCUAUUUUGUGUAUAGAAAAAUUUUUACAUUUCUAUACUGUUUUCCUUAAGUUGCAUGUAACAGAAUCUUUUUAGGGUGCUUCUUUGAUGCAUGGCUAGGCGCUUCUUGUAUGCAUUUCUUUCCUUAAAACAACCUUUUUAUCUCUAGGGAGACCACACAGUAGGUUGCUUUGGUGUCCUUUGUAACAGUAUUGGUCUGCAGCAGACAAUGAGAUGCCACUGGAAUCACCAGUAACUUAUAAGUGUUGGAUUUUUGUAGCCAUCAAAAACUGGGCAGAUGCUUUUUGGAUAUACUUAUUGCCUCAGAGAAGCUUGUAUCCUUAGGUGGAGCACACAGAUUUUUAUGCUUUUAUUUGCCACUGUGUAGGUAUGCAGCAGUCAGUGAGAUGCCAUCAGAAUCAAUUGUACCUGGGGAUUGAGGGAGAGAUUUUGUACCUGGAAGAAUCUGAUAUAUCUUGUGAUUCAGAGAUUAUGUUAGACUUUUUUUCACACAGUUAACUAUUGUUCACAAAAGCAUUAGUGGCCGGGGAGCCAACUAAUACUUUUCUUGAAGGGCCCAAAGCUUCAUUCUAUGAAAAUCAAGGCUGAUCUCUGAAUUGCAAGACAAGUUGAAUGGUAAUGUGGGGAUGUUAUGAAAAUCAAGUUUAUGACUUUCUUGAAGUUCCUGUGCAGAAGCACAAGAGAAUUAAGUGUUGCCUUGCUUUAUCCUUCUUGGCAGUAGAAUGUAUACUGAAUGAAAUGUAGCUAACUGGGUGAAUGUUUUAGUACAGGUCAUCUAUCAGAAUCAUACCUUUCCUUAGGUAUGUGUCACAGGCUGAAGGAUGCAAGUUUGUUGUUUUAUACAGUUAUCUUAUCCUAAUUUUAUGAUGUGUUGCAUUUCAGCUGGUGUAGAUUGUUGACUAUCUCUUUUCAUUGAAUGUGAUUGUUGUGUGGCAUGUUUUUUCAUGUUUAGCAGCAAAAUAAAACUUUGAGCCAAAGACAUGGUUAUUUCUUAGGUAUAAUGGAAUAAUGAACAUAACAUAUUGGAAUAAUAAACAUAACAAAAUAAUGGUAUGGCAUAUUUCUUUUUGUAAUGAAUGCCACAUGGAAGUGCUAGUUCAUUGCUCUAUCUUCAGAUUUAUUAAAUCCUUUUGACCCAUGGAUAUUUGAGCGCCUCAGUGGCGUGGACAGUAUGGUGUUGCCGUGCCACCUCGGUGGCCACGAGUCCGAUUCUCAGGCAUUCCAUUAAGGUGUGAGAGAUGUGUAUUUCUGGUGAUAGUUCACUCUCGACGUGGUUCGGUUGCUGAAUAAUGCUGAUUCCUUGAUGUAAAAACAUCAUACAACCAAACAAACCCAUGGAUAUUUGAUAAAUACCUCAUUUUUAACUAUGAAGCAUGUUUAGUGUGCCUAAACAUGCAAUUCUUAGACAUAUCUCCCAUGUGUAAAUUUUCCUAGAAUCUUCAGCGUUUUCAUUUUAUCCCAUUAGUAAACUUUAAAGAAGGGAUUUAUUAGAUUUAGCCAUUAUAGUUUUUACAAGUGGACAGACCUUUUUUGCAACCCAUAAGGUAAGAUUUUUCAUUGGUUGGCUAGUGCUGCUUCAUAUUCUAUUGAAACUGACAAUUAUCCUGAAAAUUAAUUUGAAGCUUUUCAAGAAUAUGUCUUCCACCUGUUGAAUGAGUUUCAGAUGACCACAAACGACAGGUCUUCCGCAUGAAUGUUAUGGGAAUUGAGGACCUAAUUACACCUUUCCAGUAAAACUUAAAAACGAAGUUAUUAUUAAAAAAUAAAGUAAAUGUAUAGUACACGAUAAUAAUCAAUAAGUGUCUGAUUUUGCAUCUCAAUAUGAGAUACUAUCUGCUCUGUGCUUUGUCAGUGUAGGCAGAAUGAAAGGUUCAUUGCUUUGUCUUUUACUUGUUCAUUCCCUCCAGGUUGUCCAACUUAAAUUAUGCUCCAGUAUUCACUCUUAUUCAAGAGUAAAUCAUUCAAGCCAAUUGUGCUACAAUUAAGAUUUGACUUGGUCUGGUUAUUAUAUGAUGUUGGUAAAUACAUGAAGAAAUUUUUUUCAUUUAAAUGGAUGAUACAUUCUAAGUUUAUGAUAUAUUAAGUUACUGUGUUACUCGUGGGGUGAGUAACCUGAAUCAGAUAUAUGCCAAGAUAAAACUAUAUAUUUUAAAUAUAUUCAGUUUUGAAAUUUGUCAAACAGUAGUAGUAAAAUCAUCUCCACAAUACUAUUUGGCAGUCCGCAAUUAUCGGCGGUCUUGGUUAAUGGCAAUCCAGUUAAGUGCCAUAUAAUCAGCUAUUUAUGGUGCCAUAACGGGCCGAGUUUUGGUUAUUGGUGCCAAUAAGAGUUACCUAACAGAGGCACCAUCAACUUGUUAUCAGCGCCAUAAAUUGCCAAGUUUUGGUUAAUGGGAGUUUUCGCUUAUCAGCACCCCGCCGAUAACCAGGGACUGCCUCAUUACCCAGCUGCCAGUGAUCUGUAGAAAUCUUUCACAAACAAACGUGAUGCAUAGUGUACAAAGCUUCUUGUUGCUAGAUAGGGAGAGUUGUUCUGCAGUGAAACUGAUGGAGACUGAUUUUCUUUGGUAUGCAAGUUCUGUAAAGCACACUGGCAAUAACACUGUAUAUUGUAAGCUGUUAAUUUCUUAUUUUUACAAUUUUGUUGAGGGUGGAGAUUUUAUCUGGCAGUUAUUUCCCAUAAACCAAGAUUAGUUUGGAAUACUUAGUGAAGCGUAAAGGUAGUUCAUGGCAAUGAAUGACUAGGAUUGAGUGAAAUGUACAAAUUAGGAAAGUACAUUUUUGUAUUUAGAUGUGGGAAUAAGGUACAAGUUUUUCUCCAUAGAUAUUAACAGGUGGGAAAAACUGAUAAUUUAUACAACCCUAUAAUUUAUUCAUCUUUUUCUUGAUUACUCUAUAAAUGUCCUUUAGACAGUUAUUGGAAGUGGCCUUUGGAUAAAGUUGUCUCAAGAAAUUAGUUGACACAAGAUUGACUAUUUAUUCCAAUUUUGUUGCGAGCUUAUCAGUUCAGGUCUCAUCAUUUUGCGUUAAAUCACCAGUCCAAAUACAGUAUUGAUUCACAAAAGUAUGACUUUUCCAUUAAUUUUACUUUAUAUUCAGAACAUUGUAAAUUGUUCCUUCAUGAAAGGAAAUAUAUGUAAAGGCUUAUUCCUGGUAGGUACUUAAAAGUCAGCAAUGGAAAAGUUAUUUAGUUUCUAUUUUACAUUGUUGAUUUAAUUCAGCAUUUCACUUAGUGGAAAUGAACACUUGAUAUUUAGCAUAAUUUUACUACACCAUAUACAACAUAUGUGGAAGUGCAGUGGUAUAUUUAUAUAUGAAAGAGUAAAUUUAAUUAACAAAUAUAUAACUGUAUGCUGAAACCAAGCUCUAAGAAAAAAAAAAAGGAAAAAACCACAAAGUUCCUUUUUGUUGACAUUGUUAAAAUGCACAAGCAGUAGACCACUUGAGUAUUAGAGCUAUUUGUAAAAACAUUUUGUAGGUGUAUCAUAAUUUGUAUUACCUAUUUUUGUGUAGUUUUUUUAGUUAUGUUCUCCCAUUUCACAUUUUGCACUGGGAAAACCGGUAGAAGCAAAAUUAUAUUUGAUACAGUUUGAACCCUUUGCACAUAUCGCAAAGAUGUGCAGUUAAAGCUGAGAACUUGGUUUAGCUGACGGGCAAAAUACUAGAACUGUAUGUAGUAUGUUAAGAAUGUUUGGAUUCUUCAUAGUAAGUAAAUUGUACAAGUAGAACUUCUAGGGUUGUCUUGAGUGUCCUUAUUUGAGUUUUAGCUCAAGAAAGUGUACUUACUGAAUGCAUUAUUCUAAUUCCAUGAUCUGAUUAAUCAUUACAGAUUCUUACUUAGCAAUGUUGAUGUGAUGAUUUGGAUUAGAGCCAUUUAGAAUUUAAGUACUAACAGGUAGUAAAUCUAUGCCUCUUGUGCUGCCAGAUGAUGUCCUGUACACAGAUUUUGAAGCCAUAGAUCAUUUUGGGGAAUUUGUUCCUGCAUAACUUUAGAGAAUUAGGCAUAAAUGUACUGAAGAACCCAUAGUUCUUUAGCAUAUGUGGUACGAGGUAGAUUUUAUUGCUUAUUCACCAGCUUGUGGGUGGAUUAUUUUAGGAAAAGUACUAUGUACUGAUAAGUAUACUGUAUUAAACAGGAGUUAUGUACAUUUUUUAUGUAGUUUGAAUGAUUAUUACUUUUGUAUGUGACUUGAAAAGCUUAUUUAAUGCCCUUUCAGAGUGAUAUCUGUUUUUGUUUGCAGCAGCGUGACUCACAGUACUAUCAGGAGUUAAAGUUUUUUGAGUGAAUAGCACAGCUAUGAAAUAUGCUUGAAAUCUUAUUAUAGUGUACUUGUUACUUGAAAGAUAUUAUGGUGUUGGAAUUUUUCAGUGUUUUGUCAAGGUUACCUGGACAGUAACCUUUAGCAAGUGAAUUUUGUGCAUCUAUACAUAUAUAUACUUUAUACAGUAAGAGUUGUCUACAUUUCACACAGUUAAUGUGCACAUUUAACAACUUUAUAAAAACUGAAUGUUGUCAAUUGUUUCAAAUUUUCUAUACAUAUAUGGUUCAACAGAUGAAUUACACAUAUAUACUUGGUUUAAGCUUUCAGUGCUUUUGAAAAUUAUCACAAUUGUCAUUAGUACUUCACUGCUGCAAGUGAAAAAAAAAAAGAGGAAUAAUUAAAAGUAGUACAGUGGUACCUCGAGAUACGAAAUUAAUCCGUUCCGAGGCGGCCUUCGUAUCAUGAGCUUUUCGUAUCUUGGACCGCAUUUUACAUGUAAAAUGGCUAAUCCGUUCCAAGCCCUCCAAAAACACCCCAGUAAAUUUCAUAAUAAAGCUAAAUUGACCUAUAAACAAUGAAAUACUACAACAAUUUGGACCAUUCAACACCUAACUUAGGGGGUCCUCGAGUUACGACGACGAACCGUUCUUAAGAUGCAUCGUGACACGAUUUUCAGCGUAAGUCGGAACAUUAAAAAAUACCACAUGAUUUAAUGUAAAUACGUAUCAAUAACAAAGAGAGAACAAUUCCUUACCUUUAUUAAUUUGGUUGGCUUGCACACUGGAGAGGAAGCUGUGGUGCUGGAGAGACGGGGGGAGGUUAGUGAAGAGAAGCAGAACUUCCAGAAGAUGCUGGAGAUGAUGGGGCAGGCGAGUCUUGAGGUGAGGCAGAACCUACAGAAGGUGCUGGAGAUGCUGGGGCAGGUGAGUCUUGAGGUGAGGCAGAACCUACAGAAGGUGCUGGAGAUGCUGGGGCAGGUGUGUCUGGAGGUGAGGCAGAACAUUCAGAAGGUGCUGGAGAUUGUGGGGCAGGUGAGUCUGGGUUAGCAGAACAUUCAGAAGGUGCUGGAGAUUGUGGGGCAGGUGAUUCUGGAUUAGCAGAGGCAGCUGAGGUAGAGGGUACAGGAUCUCUUGCAGGCCUCUCUACCUUCUUAAAAUACUGCUCCAGGUUAGUCUGAACAGAGAGCAACCUCUUCUCAUCCAAGAUCUCCUUGUAACACUGCAUCAAAUCCAUGAUGCCUCUGGAAACCCUAGUGAACCUGUCCAAGUUGGGAUCCUGAGCCUCAAAAGUUGCCAACGCUUGCUGCAGCUCUGCAAAACCUCUUGCCAAGUCCUGCCUUGUGAAAGCCUUAGGCUCUGGGGUGGGUGCUUCUUCUUCCUCUAUCAUCUGUUUCUCCAGUUGUAUCAGGUCCUCAGCAGAUAACUACUCGCCAUGAGACUCCAGCAGCUCUGUAACAUCAUCAACCUCCAUCUCCAAAUCGAUUUCCUUACUCAGGGCAACAACGUUCUUUACAACUUGCUGAACUGUGUCCUCAAACCCAUGGAAAUCAUUCACAAAUUGAGGACAAAUUUUUUUCCAGACACCAUUCAUGUUUGUUUGCUUAACCUCCACCCAGGAAUCAGCAAUGUUCUUUACAGCAUCAAGGAUGUUGUAGGAUUUCCAAAAGUCCUUCAGAGUCAAGUCCUUCAGAGUCAAGUCCUUCUUGGUUUCAGUUGCCUGUAAAGCCAUAGCAAUUGUCCUUCGUAGGUAGUAGGCCUUGAACGAAGCAAUCACUCCUUGGUCCAUAGGCUGUAAAAAGGCCGUGGUAUUAGGUGGAAGGUAAACCACCUUGACAUUAGGGUUAAAGUCUCCCAGCUGGGCAGGGUGUCCAGGGGCAUUGUCCAGCACUAGCAACACCGUAAAGGGGAUACCCUUGGAGGCGCAAUACCGCUCCACACUUGGCACAAAAUGGUUUACGAACCAGUCCUCAAACACUGCAAGUGUCACCCAUGCCUUCUUGUUGGACUUCCAAAUUACUGGUAGUUGACCCUUCCAAAUGCCCUUGGAUUUUCAGCCUGAUACACCAACAAGUGCUUCAGUUUGAAGUCGCCAGCAGCAUUACCCCCAAGAAGUAAAGUUAGCCUCUCCUUGCUGGCUUUAUGACCGGGUGCUGACUUCUCCUUGGCGAUGUAAGUGCGGUUAGGCAUAUGCUUCCAAAACAAACCUGUCUCAUCCACGUUAAACACUUGCUGAGCAGAAUAACCCCCUCUUUAAUUAUCUCGGACAACGCUUUAGGAAAUUCACUCGCUGCUGUCUCAUCCCCACUAGCAGCUUCACUUGCACUUUAAGGUUAUGGUAAUUGGCCCGAGCCUUAAAUCGCAUAAACCAACCCCUACUAGCCACAAACUCUUCACUUUCACUUCCCUCCCCCUUUUCUUUUUUCAACGCUUCAAACAAUCUUUUCGCCUUCUCCUGAAUCACCAUAAGGUUGACUGGGAUACGCCGUUGAUUUUGGUCUUCCAACCAAAGCACCAAUAACCUUUCCAUUUCAAUUAUUAGACCACUAUGCUGCUUGGUUAUCACUGUCGCUUUCAUAGGAGCAGAUCCUUUCACAUGUUCAACGAUGCGCUCUUUAUCUUUGAAAAUGGUAGCAACAGUCGAACGACUAAGGCCAAGCGAGCGGCCAAUGUUUGUUGGCGUUUCUCCCUUCUCAGAUCGCUUUAUAAUGUCCACUUUAAUUUCCAUGGUGAUGGCCUUUCUUUUCUUCGAUGCACUACCAUCAGAAGAGUCUGCCUUGCGCUUGGGAGCCAUAACAAAGGGCAAAAAGUUACAAAAACGAUACAACACAAGGGAGAGAGAGAGGCAGAGUAAACAACCAAAAUGGGUUAUGGGCGAGGAAUGAGCUUAGCGAAGCGACGCCGUCCUCUCCCCCACAAAGCAUAUUCUUCCGCCGUGCUCCCGAAACUAGUUCGCGUUUGUUUACGUCGCUUACGACACUAAACCGUGUAAGACGGAACGACGCAUAAUAUUAUUUUUUAUAUUUUUAUGGGGGCGCGUUCGUAACCACGAAACAGCGUAAGUCGAGACCGGCGUAACCCGAGGACUUACUGUACUGCUAAUUACCUGUAAAUAAACUGUAUUAGUGUAUAUGGUAUACAAGAAAUACUGUACGUAUGUAGUAAAAUGUGGAAGCUUACCUUUCGAGUGAGGCUAUCUCCGAAAGUGGCGACAGAGGAGGAGGACAAUCGGCAGAUACGUACGUACGUACACUUAACUUUACGAAACACAUAAAAAAAUGUAAGGAAAACAUACAUAAACUAAAAUUUACGAAACACAUUAACAAAACUGUAACACUUAACUUUACAAAAAACUAAAAUUAAAAAAAUAAUUUUUGUCUUUUUUAUUUAAAAUUUUUUUUUUUUUUUACUUUUUUAUACUUUACGUAGGGUUUUUUUUUUAUACAAAAUUUCAACUUCCAUCACCACUUUCAACUUUGUUUUUUAGUAUCACUUGGUUCUUCCUUUUUGCUUACUCCUGCUAAUACUGAAGGCCUCUUUAAAAAAUAACUAUCCAAGGAAGAUUGCUUCUGCAUACUUUUCACAAUGUUCCUGAAACGACUCAGGCAAAUGUCAUCGAACUGCGCAAGCAUACGACCUGUGUGAGCCUUUUCGGGGUGUCUUUUUUUCUACUAAUGAUUCCACUUUAUGAAAAGCUGCUAGAACAUCCUUAAUUUCUGCCGCUGUCAUAGGGUUGUCCUCCUCCUCCUCGCCGCUGCUAGAGAACUCCUCUUGAACGACGUUAUGUUGCAUGGCCUCCAACUCCUUCAGGUCAUCCGUCGUAAGCUCCUCUUUGUGCUCCUCGAGAAGGUCGUUGAUGUCGUCCUUGUCGACGACCAGCCCUGUGGACUUGCAGAGUGCAAUGAUCUCGUCAAGAUCUGGUUGCAAAACAGUUUCAGGAUCGUCAACUGUUUCUGAAUCUGCAGCACCAGCUUCGCCCACGUCGAAUCCCUCGAAGUCUCGGGCGGAUACGGCAUCAGGCCAGUUUCCUCCACGAGGAAUUCAAGGUUUGCCUCGAAAAAUCCUGCCAAGCUUGGUCGAUGAGUCGGAUGCAUAUGACGAUGUCGAAAUGCUCCUUCCAGAAUUCACGCAAGGUGAAGUUUGUGGUAUCGGUGAUGUCGAAACAUCUCUUGAAAAGAUCUUUCGUAUACAGCUUCUUAAAGUUCGAUAUUGCUUGCUGGUCCAUGGGCUGGAGGAGAGGGGUGGUGUUAGGCAGAAGAUAAAGAACCUUGAUGAAGGAAUACUCCGCUAGGGUAUCUUCCUCGAGGCCAGCAGGGUGGGGAGGGGCAUUGUCCAACACCAGCAGACAUUUCAGAGGGAGGCGCUUCUCUUCCAAGAAUUUCUUCACUGUCGGGCCAAAACACAGAUUUACCCACUCGGUGAACAAAAGCCUCGUUACCCAGGCUUUCGCAUUAGUCCUCCACAUCACUGGAAGCUUCUCCUUAAGCACUUUGUGGGCCUUGAAGGCUCGAGGAGUCUCGGAAUGAUAGACCAGUAGGGGCUUCACCUUGCAAUCCCCACUGGCGUUUGAACAAAGUGCGAGCAUAAGCCUGUCUUUCAUAGGCUUAUGCCCGGGUAGCUGCUUCUCUUCCUCCGUGAUGUACGUCAGACGAGGAAUUUUUUUCCAAAAAAGGCCAGUCUCAUCACAGUUGAAGACUUGCUGAGAACUGUAACCUUCCUUGGUCAUCAUCUCGUCGAACGUCUUUAUCCACCGAAUGGAUACCAGUCCGUUUACGGAAUUUCUCGAACCACCCAUGCGAAGCCUUGAACUCUGGGGUUGGCGUUGAUGUCCCUUCUCCUCCGUCGUCUUCGGUCUGGGCAAUCAAAUCGCCAAAAAUAGCGCUGGCCUUGUGGCAGAUUGCCGUCUCCGUUAUCGUAUCGCCAGCAAUUUCUUUGUCUUUUAUCCAGACAAGAAGCAGCUGUUCCAUCUCGUCGUGCACGUGGGUCCUCUUGCUUGACAAAAUAGUGACGACCUUGGAAGGUGUAGCUGCUUUGAUGACAUCCUUCUGCUUAAGGAUGGUGCCUACUGUCGACGGAUUUCGGCCAUAUUCCUUGGCGAUCACACUCAAUCGCAUACCAGCUUCAUACUUCUUGAUAAUCUCCGUCUUUGUCUCCAAAGAGAGCAUUCUCUUCUUUCCAUGAAUUUCAACUUUCUUGGGACCCAUGACUACGUAUAAGUAGAAUAAAGUUCUCACACAACACGAUAAAGUACGUAUACCAACGAAAUCACUAAUGAAUUUACGUUAAUAAACGAAAUCGUUAGAAUGAACGAAUACCGCGUGCGUACGAUAAUGAUGUUGGUACCGAUUGGCCGAGGAUGCUGACCAAUAGGAGAGAAGGAUCUCAUGGCAGUGACUAGCACCAGGAACCAAUGGGAGAGCAGGAGGAUGGUGGCAAGUCUACUCAGUUGGCGGCUCGCGAGUUUCAAAAUUGUUAUCGGUGGUCCGGGUGAAUCUCGGACUUUCCAGCAACAACCUUUCGUAUCUUGAAAAAUUUUUGUAUGUAGAGCCGUAAAAUUUUUCGUGUUAGCUUUUGUAUCUCGAGUUUUUCGUAAGUUGAGCCUUUCGUAUCUCGAGGUACCACUGUAUAUGUAGUGAAAUGUCUGCAAGGAUUGCUUUUCACAUCAAAGCUUCAGAGCUUUGUACUCCAUUUUUAGUGUUGAAGAAAAAAUAUAAAUUAAAGGAAAUGUUCAUUUUGAGUGAAACAGAUAAUUGUGCAGGGUCUGCACACUUAACCCCUUGAGAUUCUAAUGAUGUCAUUUGGUUUCAAUUGUAUAAAUUCUUGGGUAACUUCAGCUUGUCAUUUUGAAUUUUUUUUUUAACUUAUUACAAUUAAGUGCAAAUAUUUAGUUUCAGUGACACCACAGCCAGAAUUAUAGCAUGAAAAUUGCAUUUACUUAGAUGGUCAUUGUUUGAUCUGCCACAGAAUCUCAGUGGGUUAAUUGCAAAUUCAAAAUGUCUUUGUACUAGAAUUUUUAAAGGGAAAUUACAAGAAAAGCAUACUCCAAUUUUCAUAUUCAGCAACUUGCAAGCAUCAUGAUUUUCAAUUACCAAGUCCUACUAUUGUCACAGCAUUGGAAAUUUUGAAAAUUUGAAAUGUAUCCUGUAGAAGGCUGUGAGGCCUUGUCUUGUGAACUUUGUUUUCCAGGCAGUGAUAUGUUGAAUUGAUGACUCUUGUCUAUAUUUUACUAUUCUUUACAAUAAGAUUUUCUUUAUUAGCAUCCAUUUGGUAUUUCAUGGAAAAUUCAGUGUUAGUCAGUCCUUUCAUUAGCAGCUUCAUUUGUUGGCAUUUCUUAUAAAUUUUAAUAGAGUAUUAAAUUUCGUUCAGAUUGGGCAAUUACAUUCAUGUGGUGUAUUGUUAUAUUUUCUUCAUAAUAGAAAUAAUUUUUUGCACAACAUUUUUUGCCAGAACAUGUAAGACAUGCAGAGUAAUUAUUUAUGCUUGUGUAUGGUAAUUCUUAGAUUAAAGGACAUUAAUGGUUUGGAAAAACUGACCCUUGUCAAUCCUUAUCAAAAUAAGAAAAUUCAUUGUGUAUCAUCAAAAUAGAAAAUUCAUUGUACUUCAUCAAAAUAGAAAAUUCAUUGUACAUCACAAGUUUACACUAUGAUUAGACUUAUUGAAUAUUUUACUUCAUGUCUUUUGCGAAGCCCUGAAAUAUGUUUAUUUUUUGCAGCUAUUUCAUAAUUUUCUAGACUUACCAUAAGGGCCAAGAUUAUCCAGUUUUUAAGAAUUCUGGCAUUAGUUUGAUAGUGAAAUCAUGAAUAAUUAUGAUGGUCACUGAAUAUUAAUCUCGCUAACUGAACUAAGUCAGUUGUGCUGUGCUGGCUCUAGUAAUGUGCUAGUAUUGCAUCAGAAGUAAAAUAACCAAAAUUAACCGUAAACUUUUAUAAUAAUCUCAGAGUUUAUUCUUAUGUAAUUGGCUUAUCAGUUGGCACUGUUUUUGGAUAUAAAAUUCUGCAACAAAGUUUUUGGCAUUUCUUUUUGUAUCUACAGUUCUGUUGUUGAGAGGUGAAGAGGAAAGAUUGUAUAUUAAGGUAAAAAUUGUAACAUAGAGAGUGUAUAGUUUCAAAUAUAUGCUACUUAUUUAGGUGUCUACUCCCACUAGCUUUGUAAGUUGUUACUUUGUACUGUACAAGUACUGUAUAACCUAAUUAUUCCACUUUCAUAUACAGUUUGUUAACUUGUAUAUUUGUAAAUGGAACAUGGGUGUUCAGCUAGAUCAUUUCUUUCUUUGAUAAAAGGUGCUAUUAUGUUUUUAUGUGAGGAAACUCAAGAAAAAGUUUUAGGAAUUACUUUAUGCAAUUAUUUGUCUUUGCAAUUUAUAAUUCCACAUGGAUGUCAAAAAAAUUCUCUCCUUGAAUUCUGCCCUUUGGACUUGAGUAUGUUUGACAAAAUUUGUAGCUUGCAUCUUCAAGGUUUUGGAUGAAUGCCCAGCAACUGUGAUUUUGAUGUGGGAGAGGUAUAUUUUACAAAGAUUUUCAUGUAGAAAUGAUUUUUAAUAAAGAAUUCAUAUCA